AUGGUUUUCUUUGUGGAGCAACCCAAGACACAAUACAAAUAUCAACCCUACAUUCCGAUUGAUGGUGAAUCUCAGUGGUACAGUUUACCUGUGGAAAGAUGUCAUUUGACUGUACUAAUUGCUUGCAAUCCUAAGGUUAAUCAUAUUGGACACGAAUACGACCACAUUGAGAGAAACUUGGAUAAUUUAUCAAGGUUCAAGCAAAGAUUGUUCCAUCCAUGUAUUGUCCUCUUUAAUCAAGAUAUUGAUUAUAAGGACAGAUUGAAAAAAGUUGUUGAUGAUUUCUCGAAGAAACACGAAGCUGUUGUGGAUGUAAUUAAUUAUCCUGGUAAGGUGGGGCAAGAUUCUACUUCCAGGGCAAAGAUAUUCUAUGAAAUGGUGAGAUUAUUUAAGAAAACAUACAUACUUGAUGAUUUUAAUUCGGUAGAGGAGUCUGUUACAAGAGUGAUAGGUUCUUCCGAUGCUCCAUUACUGUUCAUGGAUGAGAGUGCUAUUAUCUGCUCUCGGGCAAUCUCUCAUCUUUCUCUGGUGUUUGAGCAUAUGCAACACUUAGGUGAGAAGGGAAAGGAUUGGUCUAGUUAUCGUCUCUCUCAUGGAAUGAGUGGAACUAUUAUUAACAGAAAGGAUAUCACCACAACAAUUGAUUAUUUUGAAAAGAAAAAAGAUUCAAGACAUUCUCUCAAAUAUUUAUUGGACAAUUUCUUUUUGGAUAACCCUGAUUUUAAGGAUAGAAUUUCAUUCCGAUUCAGAUUUCAACUUCUCUCAUUGGGAAAGAGCCAAAAAUCUCAAUGCUAUGAAACUCAAUCUGAUUUUGAUUUGGAAAGCUGUUCUCAUUCUCUUUUCUCACCUUGCCAAGAAUUGAUAAAAAAGAAAAUAGAUACUGAGGUUGGUAAUGCAAACGCGGAAUUCGUUCACAAUACUGCCAUGCUUCCUUCCUUUGCUCCAACUCAUAGGUUUUCACUUUCAGAUUUGAAAAACGUGGAGAGCGUAUUUUGUGAUAGUGGGGAGAACUGUAAUCAGUGUUGUAGUAAAUUAGGAGCAAAGUGUGAUGUGAGCUUUUUCGAAUACAUUAACAGAUGCGAUGAAUUUGAUAAGUUCACAAAGAAUUGCAAAUGCUCCUAUGAGAAAGGAUCUUCUUCAAGCAGUCUACCAGCCAUGAAACAUGGAAAUUGCUAUUUGGGAUUCAGAGCAAGUGAUUUUAAUUGCCACAAUUCACAUGCAUUAACAAGAAGAUUGUGCCCUUGUAUUUUGAAAUAG